CACUGUCCACUCGUGGAUGUACGUCGAGGUCGCAGCCAGUCGCUGUUGUCGCGACCUCGCGAUUGAAUGAAACUUGACCUUGUCCUGCUUCAACAUCUAUUUCUUUCGAAAGCCGUAUCUCACGAAAGCCACCUAUUCGGGUUGUUUAUACAAUUCCCCUCCCGACUGUUACCUUACCCGGCGCACAUCCUGCCCAGCUGCUACUGGACCAUCAUCCGCAAGCGCCAUGGAGGAAUCCUCCUACAACAACCACGCCGGCUACUAUGGUCGGCCGGCAGCUCCUCACCCUUCAGCAAACACAUCGGCCGACAUUACACCAAUUCGUGGCGGAACACCCAACACAGACGGCAUCGCCAAUCCGUUCAAUGACACAGUAUCCUCGCGACAUAACCCAUUUGCCAGCCCAAGCGUCUCCCGGCCAGGCUCGUCCUAUACCACAUCCAACGGCGGAUAUAGCAGCCGCCACAAUGGCCAACGAUUCUUCCAUUCAAGACGAAUUCCAAAGGGAGUCGAAAGUGAGAAACCUUGGCUCGGCAAGAAGGACAGCAAGGAGAAGUGGGUGACCAUAUUCCCCAUCCUGGGUAUCCUAGCCGGGUUGGGAAUAUCUGCUUUCCUGGUCUGGGACGGCAUCAACAGUGUUGUGCAACAUAAUUAUUGUCCCGUCAUGGAUGAGGACUUCUCAGGUGGCCUGGACAGCUCCAUCUGGACAAAGGAAGUUGAAGUCGGCGGUUUUGGCAAUGGCGAGUUCUGCCAAACUACAGGUGGUGACGACAAUGUCUUUCUCGAGAAUGGUGUGCUCACGAUUCGUGCGAGUCUGCAGGAUGAAGACAAGGUGGAAAAGGACACUUUGAUCGACCUUUUGAAGGACGGGACUUGCACUUCUGACAAAUUCUCGGCUUGCGUUGCCAGAACCAAUACCACAGCUGGCAAUGCUAGCAUCGUUCCGCCGACAAGGUCAGGGCGAAUCAACACCAAGAAGGGCGCCACCAUCAAGUACGGCCGUGUCGAGGUGACAGCCAAGUUGCCCAAGGGCGACUGGCUAUGGCCGGCCAUCUGGAUGAUGCCUGUCAAAGACACGUACGGUGCGUGGCCCGCAUCUGGUGAGAUUGACAUUAUGGAGAGUCGAGGCAACAACUACACUUACGCGCAGGGCGGCAACAACAUCAUCUCCUCCGCCCUCCACUGGGGGCCCGACCCGGCAAACGACGCAUGGUGGCGGACCAACAACAAGAACCAGAUUCUGCGUGGCGCAUAUUCCGAUGACUUCAACACGUUUGGUCUCGAGUGGUCACAAAAGUAUCUCUUCACCUAUGUCAACUCGCGCCUCUUGCAAGUCAUGUACACGAACUUCAAGAAACCCAUGUGGGAGCGCGGAGACUUUCCUCCCGCACGGAUGAACGGAACGAGGGUAGAGGACAUUUGGUCCCAGACCGGCAACAGCAACACGCCCUUUGACCAGGAGUUCUACUUGAUCCUCAACCUGGCUGUGGGUGGCACAAAUGGCUGGUUCGAGGACGGCAAGAGCGGCAAGCCGUGGAUGAACGAGAGCCCCAACGCCCGGAAAGAUUUCUGGAAUGCUAGGGGACAGUGGCUGGAGACGUGGGAGCGGCCACAGAUGGAGGUCAAGAAAGUGGUCAUGCUGCAGCAAUGCGACGGAAACGAGGAGCUCUAACCAGUAACUCCCGCAUAUCUAUCUUGUUUUUUCUGUAUCUUUGAGCAUGGCAAUUGGACAUGGCGUUAUCUGGUCGAAACGACUGGCUCAUAAGUAAUUAUGCUCUCGGGACGCAAUUAUCGCCAAGUAAACAGCCGUACAUAUACGACGG